AUGUUGGGUAUUACAGAAGUUAUUGAUAAUUUGUAUAUAUCUGGUCUUGAGUCCCGUCAAGCGAUAUUAAAUAAAGGUAUUCGUUGUGUUAUUAAUAUAUCAUCCGAAUGUCCUAUGCAAGAUCUUGGUCCAACAGUUGAAUAUGAAAAAGUAAGCAUACUUGAUUUACCAACAACAUCAAUACAACCUUAUUUUGAUCGAUUAACUGCUCGUAUACAUCAAAAUUUACAACAAGGAAAAAAAACACUUGUUCAUUGUUAUGUUGGUCGAUCAAGAUCAGCAACUAUUAUUUUAGGUAAACAAAUAAACAUAAAUUAA